AUGGCGCAGAAGGUCUACACCCUUUGCGUAGACAGCGGCGACGGUAUGGCCAACCUGGUGCCCAUUGAAGCCUUGGCCGAGGUGCUCGAGGAGCUGUCCCUGCGCCGGCAACCGGACCGAGAAGAUCCGGGCUACCUCUUGGAGGCUCGCAUGGAGCUGGAGUGGCGAUCCACCAUGGGCCUUGGCGGGCGGACCGCAGCCGGGGAGCUGCGCCUAUUUGCGGCCGAUCUGCGGCCCAGGGAGCUGCCAAAGGACACGCUGUUGGCGCGGCUCAACGCGCGUGAAGCAGACCUGGGAUUUGGCCAUGGCUUUCCGAACCUCCGGGCCAUGGUGGGCCCUAAGCGCCAGGGCGCUGGGACCCUGCGGAGGCCCUUUGGCGAAGACCUCCUGCCUGCGGAGGCAGAGCCUUCCGUGCUGGAGAAGUCAGAGGACGGCUCAGUGCUCUUCUUGAAGGUCGGCCUUUGCGCCAGCCGGGACGUUUAUCCUGACGGCGGAGAGGUCACGCAUCGGGGAAUGCUGGCUACGCCACGACUGAACGCACCUGAGGCAUCUCGGGUGCUGCCGCACAUCGUGUUCGUGUCCCCGGCGCUGCUCCACGCCAGGCUUCCCACCACCGGUGAGUGCUGCGCCUUCAUGCCACCUCCUGACAAUGGUGCCUGCGCGGUCCCAGUGUGCACCUGCGCCCGCCUUUGCGACACGCAGCGCGCGGCCUUCAUGGUGCCCCGGGAGCCUUCGAGACAUCGACCACCGGAGCCCUCCCCACGAACUCCCGCAAAACCUGUGCCGGCCACCCCACUCAGCAGGUGA